AUGCUUUCAAUUGAAGAAUCAAUAACAUUACAACAACAACAUAAAAAAAUCGAAGAGGAAGUUAAAUUUAAAAAAUUAACAGAUAGGUUUAAUAAGAUGACGAUCGAGAAGAAAAUUAACAAGAAAGGAUUUGAUGAUAUGUCUUCUUCAGAAGAAUCAGAAUCAGAUGAAUAUAACAAUGACAAUGAAGAUGUUCAUAAUUAUGAAGAAGACUAUUAUGAAGAAGAUUAUUAUUAA